AGAUUUUUUAACAAAUGAAAUAUUCAUUUCUACUACCCCUUUUGCUUACACUUCACAUAUUUUUUCACAAAUGGCCACCAAAUUUGGUUUCACUGUAACAACAAGCACUCGACUAUUUCAUGCACCUUUUAGAAAAAAACCUGUUUUUUCUCCAUCUUGUAAUGCUUCUUUACAAGGUGGUUUGAAGGUUGAAUUGAUUAAUUUUGGUGGAAGAAAGUUAUCUACUAGACGUAGGCUAUUGGUUCUUUCUCCAAAGGCUACUACUGAUCAACCAGGUCGGAUCAACGAAGAUGAGGUUGAUGACAGUAAAAUCUUGCAGUAUUGUAGCAUUGACGGGAAAGGAAAGAAGUCUCUCGGGGAAAUGGAGCAAGAGUUUCUUCAAGCACUACAAUCAUUCUAUUAUGAAGGAAAGGCCAUCAUGUCGAAUGAGGAAUUUGAUAACCUUAAGGAAGAAUUAAUGUGGGAAGGGAGCAGUGUCGUCAUGCUUAGUACUGAUGAGCAGAAGUUUCUGGAAGCUUCUAUGGCUUAUGUAUCAGGGAAUCCAAUUAUGACUGAUAAAGAGUAUGACAAGCUGAAGAUGAAACUUAAGAGGGAUGGCAGCGAUAUUGUGGUUGAGGGUCCAAGAUGCAGUCUUCGAAGUAGAAAGGUUUAUAGUGACCUUUCUGUUGAUUAUCUGAAGAUGUUCUUGUUAAAUGUCCCUGCUGCUGUUGUUGCUCUUGGAUUGUUUUUCUUCCUUGAUGAUUUGACUGGAUUUGAGAUCACUUAUCUUUUGGAGCUUCCUGAGCCUUUUAGUUUCAUUUUCACGUGGUUUGCUGCUUUGCCCUUGAUACUGUGGUUGUCCUUUACAAUCACAAACAUCAUUAUUAAGGAUUUUCUGAUCUUAAAGGGCCCCUGUCCGAAUUGUGGAACAGAGAAUACUUCCUUCUUUGGCACAAUAUUAUCAGUAUCUAGUGGGGGUUCCAACAACAAAGUAAAAUGCUCAGGCUGUGGGACGGACUUGAUCUAUGAUUCAGACACACGUUUGAUCACGUUGCCUGAAGGAAGUAAUGCAUAAUUGAGGGUGAUUAUAUGUGGAGACAUUUGCACAAUAGAUUUGCUCUUAACACAAGUUGCAUGGAAGAGCCCACAUUAUGUAGCAGUUUGUGAAACCAAGUUCAGUGUUAAAAUUGUGAAGGCUUUGCAACUUGCAAUGUGUGGAUAUGUGAUGUAAUGUGUGUGUUUAUAAGUAUAUCAAUAAAAAAAAUUAACAGCUUUUAAUAAGCACAGCAGUUGAAGAAUAUCAAGGUUCUUGAAAUUGACUCA